CGCUUAACCUUGACAUUUCUCCCCUUCUCUUCCAACCCACACGAUUAUCAUAUCUUGUUGUUCUUGUCUACGUCUAAUAGCCUGGUAGAACCCUCAAAGUCAUGCUCGUCAUCUGAGACCAAGAGGCUUCCGUAUCAUGCCCGUUCAACCACCGACAAGGCCACAUACGGCCAAUCCCCACCACGUCUUCCCUAAUCGUCUCGCCGCCAGCAUGACUUCCCUCUACCGCCAAACCGAUCCAGAUUGGGAAGAAGACGCUUGGGACUCUUCCUCUGACAAAGAAUCAUCUCCGUCCAAGGCUGUGACGAUUUCAAGAAGGAAAAACUCUGAAGGUUCAACCCACGUCGCAGCGUCUUGGGCGAGUACAUCAUAUCACCACGUUUCGAAACCUUCAUCUUCCUCUCCUCAACGUCCGAACUUCCAAACCAGUAAGACCAUCACCGAAGGGGUGCCUCUCCCAGAGCCAGGUACUAUCCUGAAUGGGAACGGCAGCCAACGAAGCUCUACUGGCAAGACAUCAAAGCUGCCUCCUGGGGGAGCUUGGGAGAUCGUCGAACGGAAUGACGUGGAAGCUGUUCAAGCCUCAAUACCUCCUCCAAAAGUCGGUAAAGAAGCCCUCCGAGAGAAUAUGGUGGAUAUAAUGAAUGAUCCACUUGAGCUCUUGGCAUCAUUGCAUGUAUCUCAUUCAGAACCUGCCACGCCAAGUAGUGGACCUCAACCAAACUCCCAAUUCCCUUUUUUAUCUCCAGGUCCAGCAACACCAUCUUCUUCAGGUUCACAACUUCCAGGAUUUCUUACUCCUGAAGGCGGACUACGCACCCCAGGAAAAGAUCUCAGUCGGCGAAGGAGCAUGAGAACAGAGAGGAGAAGGGAGAAGUUCGCUAAAGUUCUGAGGGGUAAUGUUGAGGACGGUGGAGGUGUAGACUUAGCUGAGCUCCGACGUCUGGCUUGGUCUGGUGUACCAGAGGAGGUCAGACCGAUAGUUUGGCAACUUCUCCUUAAUUACCUCCCUUUACCUUCACAACCUCGUCUAACAACACUGAGCCGGAAACGUAAAGAAUACUCUCAGCUAGUGGAUCAAUACUUUGGUCGUGGAUUAUCAUCUCUUGAUCAACAAAUAUGGCAUCAGAUUGAGAUUGAUGUACCCAGAACACGACCAAACGUUCCAUUAUGGUCCUGCACAACAGCACAGAGGGCUUUAGAGCGACUGUUAUACGUUUGGGCGAUCAGACAUCCAGCCUCUGGUUAUGUUCAAGGAAUAAAUGAUCUCGCAACUCCGUUUUUCCAGGUCUUCCUCUCUGCUUAUAUAGAUACCGACCCGGAAAUAUUCGACCUUACCCUUUUAGACCCCACCGUUCUAUCCGCCGUAGAGGCAGAUACUUUUUGGUGUCUGUCCAAAUUAUUGGAUGGGAUACAGGAUAACUAUAUCUCUCAGCAGCCAGGAAUACAAAGACUAGUCCGUCGUAUGUCUGAAUUGGUAAAGCGAAUAGAUGCACCCCUCGCGGCUCACUUUGAAGAUCAGGGUGUGGAAUUCAUGCAGUUCUCAUUCAGAUGGAUGAACUGUCUCCUCAUGCGAGAGAUGAGUAUCAAAUGUACGAUCAGGAUGUGGGAUACUUAUCUUGCAGAAGGGACAGAUGCUUUUUCGCAGUUUCAUCUUUAUGUUUGUUCGGCAUUAUUGGUCAAGUAUUCCGAACGAUUGAGAGAUAUGGAUUUUCAAGAAAUGAUCAUCUUCCUUCAAAACCUUCCUACGCAAUCAUGGACCGACCAUGACGUUCAAUUGCUCUUAUCUGAAGCUUACGUUCUCAAGACAGUUUGGCAAGGAGCAGAAAACCAUUUCGCCAAUCAAGUUUCUCAAAGUGGGUUUGGAAUGUUAGGUCGGUAA